UCACUAAAAAGGCGGGGCAGAUAUCACUCAUUUCCUGGUUACUGCAGCUCUCCACUGUUUAUUGAUUUGUAAUGAAAUCAGUUUCCCGAAACUGGUUUGCAUCAGUACAUAUAGCGCUUAGUAUAUUUGGGCUUCCGUACCCUGUUGUCACAAACGGAAUUUGCAGGAAAAACUCAAAUAGUCACAUUCCUAGUCUGUGUACAUAUAGAUCUGUAUACAUGCCUCCUGUCAUGCACAUAAAGGCUCGUUCCUCAGUAUACCCUGGCUCACAAACAAGCCGUUUUCCUGUCCCUGAUGACAAGGUAGAUUGGGAGACAGACUGGCCCCAGUAUAACCCUGUUAACUACACCGCUCCUGCUGUGUUGAAAAAACCUGUUUGGGCUGACCCAGAGAUUGGUGAAUUUUCUCCAAAAUUCAAUACUUUGGGAUCUGUGGACAGAACAAGCCAUGAGGGCCCAUAUCGUAUACAGAAUGGCAAACCGCUUAAUCCCCAUGGAAGAACUGGACUAGUAGGGCGAGGAUUAUUGGGAAGGUGGGGUCCUAACCAUGCUGCCGACCCAAUUGUUACUAGAUGGAAGAGAGACUCAGCUGGACAGCUUGUCUACCACACUACCUCUAAACUUCCCGUUCUGCAGUUUGUGUCCAUUAAGCGGAUAGAUUGUGGAGAAUGGGCCAUCCCAGGGGGUAUGGUGGACCCUGGAGAGCGCGUUUCUCAAGCAUUGCAGCGUGAAUUUUCAGAAGAGGCACUGAACUCUUUGGAGGCAUCUCCAAGUGAAAAGGAAAAAAUCCAAAAGCGGAUUACAGAGCUAUUUAACUCUGAUGGCCUUCAGGUAUUUAAAGGUUAUGUAGAUGAUCCAAGAAACACAGAUAACUCUUGGAUGGAGACAGUUGCAGUCAACUUUCAUGAUGAAUCGGGCAAUAGUGUAAGUGAGCUGCCAUUGCAAGCAGGAGAUGAUGCAGGUCAAGUGAGUUGGAUCGACAUUGACUCCUCCCUGACCCUUUAUGCAAGUCACAUACAAUUUUUGGAGACAGUUGCCAAGGAAAGAAAGGCCAACUGGUAACAGUGGCUUUUUUUGUCAAUAAGCAUAAUAGGGAACCUUAUUUAUUUUACAAAACGCAAUAUGAAAAUUUGCAGCAUAAAUACACAAUAAAUUAAAUCUAAAAAAAGUCUUCAUAGCGGGUCCUUGUCGGAGCAUACUGUUUGUUAAUGUAACAACACUGGCCAAACAUGCAUUCCAAUAGAACAAAGGCCAUUUAUCUAAACUGUUUUCAAGUAUGAAUGAAGGCAUACUGAUAACUUGAGGGUAUUUAUGUUUAAGGAAGUAUAUACUGUCAUUAAAGGAAUAUAACUUGAAGUGUUUAUAUAUUUAACUGACCAGAACACUACUAACUGUGUAAAAACUUGCUCAGCAUAUGUAUGGUUCUCUCUAUACUUACUAAUCAAAAUAAUAAACCCACUUAAACACA